AUGGGUCGCAAAAGAAAAAAUAAUAACGAUAAUAAUUAUCAAUCUAGUAUCGAUGAUGAUAAACAACGACUCUCAAUUGAACAAAAAGGUCGUUACAAGAACGAUGAUUCAAUUAUCGUUGGUGCUGGAUUUCGUGGUACUCACGCUCACAAGAGAGCGCGAGUACUAUCGUAUCAAGUCAUUUGGUACUCACGCUCACCAGAGAGCUUACAGACUAGACCAAGUGACGAGUCAUUUUGUUGCAAUUGGGCUGUCUCCAUUCAGAUCUUAGUAGGGAUAAGUCCAGAUCAUUAUCAUAAAUCUCUAAAUGUAAUUAGAAGCAAUGAACUUGGUAUAUCACAAGUAAAUGCACCUUCAU